AUGGGUGAUGGUGGUGCUAAUGUUAGAGAUAUAAUAUUGAGCGGUUGUGGUUCUGAUUUUGAUCCAGAAUGGGCAAGCCUUCCUCUGCUCGUUGUGUUUUUGGUGCUUGAUAAGUUGAUGGAACUCAUCGACCAUGUGCGAUUUGCUGCCGUUUGCAAAGAAUGGUCUUGUCUUGCGAAAGACUACAAUCGUUCAACUCAGCGCUGGUCUCCCAUGCUCAUGAUCCCAACCCAAUUGGCAAAGUCUAUUCAAACACUAGUCUAUAGUGAUUGUGAAGGAAAAAUCUACAAGAAUAUUCAGGAUUGUUGUUAUCAUUAUAAUGGAGGCAGAUAUCGAUACCACCAAGUCAUUAUAACUCUCUCGAACCCUUUCAGCAGUAGCAAAGCAGUGCCGCCGUCCCACAUCAGUCUCCCUCCCUUGGAAUCAGAAGAGAUCCUAUUCGCCCUGUCCUCCGGGAGGGAAGUCGAGACCCGCGCAAAGGUUAUGUUGUCCGCUGAUCCAGCUUUGAAUCCGGACAGUUAUGCGGUUAUAGCAUUCUUCCCUGGUGACUACCAUAUUUUUUACACGGGAGCAAGAUUCACUGAAGAAGGACGAAGUAUUUGGCGCAACCAUCGAAAUGCAUCAUUUCAGUUUUAUGACGCUAUUUUUUACAAAGGCCUCGUCUAUGCAGCUGAUCACCUUCGUGGGUUGAUUCACUCGUUCGACCUUAAUUUAAAAGAAGAUGGCUCGUCCUCGUCCUCGUCCCGCGGGGAGUACAUCACCACGCACUUUAUGGUUUUCAAGGUACCACCAUUCAACGAUGAAGAAUGCGAAUCGUAUGAAAUUGGGGAGUAUGUUGAGCUCGAAAGCCUUGGAGAUGAGGCUCUCUUCGUUGGGGACAAUUACUCUCUAUCAGUUUUGGCUUCCAAGUUUCGUGGGUGUCAACCAAACUGCAUAUACUUUACAGAUGAUUCCAUCAAUUUUCGACAAAAUGCGUACAUAGCAUGUGACAUGGGCAUCUUCAACUUAAGAGGAUAG